UGGAAAAUCGCAGUCUUAUACACAUCAAAGGGACAAAAAUCUUGCCAAGGCUACUGGAUAUGUUUCCAACGACAGAAGGUUUGGUGAUAGAAAUUCGGACCCCUCUGCAAUGACAAUAAAUCAGGGAGCCAUCAAUCAGCUAUCGGACCAAAUUUCUGCCCUGAAUGAUAGAAUGGAUGAGUUUACCAAUCGCAUUGAAGAACUGAACUCCAAGUUAACCAUCAAGAGAAGUUCUCCAAGCCAACAAAAUAUGUCACUUCAAGCCGAGACAUGCAAUGGAUCUGCUCCUACCUCUUACUUCAUCAAUAGUUUAGGCAAUGGUUCCCUAACUGGAUCUAAAAUGAUAAAUUCCUUGUCGUCGUCCCAGUUAGCUAAAGAUUCUCCACUUGUGGAUGAGAUAUCAGGCAUUUCUCGCAGUCAGCGUCAGAUCAUGCAUCAAUUGGACAAUCUCAAUAAUCUUAUCAGGGGGAGCUUGGGGGAGAAGUCUCACCAAACAAGAACCAGCAGGAAAAGUCCUGAUCCAGAAUCAGAUUCCACGGGAGCACGCAUUAUGGCGGCGGUGGCAGUUGGUUGUUUGGGGAUCUUCUUGAUGAAGGGUUUGUUGAACAGAAAGUAAUUCCCCAAGGUAAAGUCAAUGGUUUAGGUUCAAGAUAUUUUUCUUCACUGUGGCAACCCUUUUGGUAAGAAAGGUGUUGAGGCAUUGAUAGUUGAGGCAGUCUUUUAGGAUCAUUUGAGGGUCGGUGAGAGGAUGAUGCCCACUUGAAAUUUUUAACUUGGUGGGCUUUCUUUGUUAUCACAAUUUUAUGCCAUUUUCAACCUUAAAUCCACUAGGAAGAAUCUUUGUUUUAGAAUCUUUAUCAGGUGGUAUACCACAUACCUUUCUGUCCUCAUUAUUAAUCUUUAAAUAAGUUGGUAAUAGUGAGGUCAAUUUAACAUCAUCUAUAACAUAAUUGAGAGGAAGAUAAUGCGGGAAAUACAAGGUAAUGUACCUCGGUUGUUACAUGCAAAUUGUUAUAAAUGAAACAAAUCAUGCUGUUACCAA